AUGAGUCAUCAGUUGCUUGACAGUAUCUCCCUGUCAGAGGGACAAAAGAAAGAAGUUUGCAAUGACAUGUGCAGUUUCUUGAAUGCUCAGUCAGUCCAUCUACCACGCCGUUGUAUCCUCCUCAUUGAAGAUAUCAACAGUGCCGGAAUCAACCGCGAGGAAAUGCGAGCUCUACAGCAGAAGGACAGUGUGAGGCAAAACAACCAAGUAUCACUCUCCAGCCUCUUGAAUGCAAUCAAUGGUGUCUCAUCCUCUGAUGGGAGAGUCUUGGUCAUGAUCACAAACUGUCAAGAUCAACUUGAUGCGGCCCUUAUCCACUCAGAAUGUGUGGACAAGAAAGUGAAAUUUACACUGAUGUUAAUGAAACAAAUACAAUCGAUUUUCCAGCAUAUGUACAUUCAUGAAGGCCACACCAAUCCUGCAGAAAUGGCUGCUGAGUUCGCCAAACAUGAUGACUCUACUAGUACUGUUAGAGAAGCUCAGGAGCAAUUCACAACAAAGGAGUGA